AGUGUGAGUGAGUAGAUUUAAGAGUGCUUUGUGCUUAUCCACUAUAUAUAUAUAUCCAAAGUUAUAAUUUCAUGAUCAGCCAUGUUGAAAUGUUGAAUUCAAUUGAACCUUAAAAGCUGUAUCACUACAAUUAUGGAACAAAUGAAAGUCAGAUAGAAGAAUUUGUACAGAAAUAGUAAUAAAUCUGAAAUUCAAAAUAUACUCCACGUUUCAAUUCAAGCAUAUCUUCAAGGAUUGACUUGUUUAUUAUGUGACCUCAAAAGAUUUAAACCCUUGGAGCCUUAUAUAAAACCUACUCCAGACUUGGUUCAUUUUCAUUCUUCCAUCUCUCGAACGCAAAAUCGAUCUUGUUCAAAUGGCCUCAUCCACCGGCGAGAAAGGUCUCAUCGUGAGCUUCGGCGAGAUGCUCAUUGACUUCGUCCCUACUGUAUCCGGCGUCUCCCUCUCCGAAUCCCCCGGAUUUCUCAAGGCUCCGGGCGGUGCUCCGGCCAACGUCGCCAUCGCUGUCUCACGUCUCGGAGGUCGUGCCGCCUUCGUAGGGAAGCUCGGAGACGAUGAUUUCGGUCAUAUGCUCGCCGGAAUCUUGAGAAAGAACGGUGUCGACGAUCAGGGGAUCAAUUUCGACAAAGGAGCAAGAACUGCACUCGCUUUUGUGACUCUGCGUUCCGACGGAGAACGAGAGUUUAUGUUUUACCGGAAUCCCAGCGCCGAUAUGCUUCUCCGGCCAGACGAACUCAACCUCGAACUAAUCAGAUCCGCGAAGGUGUUCCACUAUGGAUCAAUAAGUUUGAUAACAGAGCCAUGUAGAUCAGCUCACAUGAAGGCAAUGGAAGUGGCGAAAGAAGCUGGAGCUCUUCUUUCCUACGAUCCAAACCUGAGGGAACCUCUUUGGCCAUCCCCUGAAGAAGCUCGGACUCAGAUCAUGAGUAUCUGGGACAAGGCUGACAUCAUUAAGGUCAGUGACGUUGAGCUUGAGUUCUUGACCGAAAACAAAACGAUGGAUGAUAAGACAGCUAUGUCUCUAUGGCAUCCCAAUCUGAAGCUCUUGCUUGUUACUCUCGGCGAAAAGGGAUGUACUUAUUUCACAAAGAAUUUCCAUGGAUCAGUUGAAACAUUCCUUGUGGACGCGAUAGAUACUACCGGAGCUGGAGAUUCGUUUGUUGGUGCGCUUCUAAAACAGAUUGUUGAUGACCAAUCCGUACUCGAGGAUGAAGCUAGAUUGAGAAAAGUGCUGAGAUUUGCAAACGCUUGUGGAGCCAUCACGACAACUAAAAAGGGAGCCAUACCAGCUCUUCCUACAGACAGUGAAGCUCUUAGUUUUCUUAAAGACAAAAAGAAACGUCAAACUUAUCUUAAAUUCUCAAAAUUGUGUUGUACGGCUCCUCCUUGUUAAUUGUGAUUUUGUGUGUGUUUAGAGAUCCAUACUGGUAAGUCUGAUUUGAAAUAAAAGGAUCCCACAGUUUUUUUUAAUCA